AUGAUGCAUUUGUAUGGCUCCCCGGCAAUAGAUCAAGAAUGGGCUCGUUUCAAGGCUGGAGAACUUUUCUCGGCGACCAGGCUAUGUAGGGACCACUUUGAUCAAAACUUGUCUUGUGGUGUCCCCUUGCAACCUGAUGUUCCUACCACGCUGCAGGACAUUGAUGCCACAGUUCUACCAGAUCGAGCGCUCGUGGAAGAUUCCUACGAACCAGCUGGUCAUCGCCAUCCUCACAAAACAAACGCCAAGGCAUGUGUGAUGGCGCUUUGCAUGUUUGCCCAUCUGGUUCCUUUCGGCCAUCGAGUCAUUUCUACAUCAGAUUGCCGUCUUUACAUCGCUGUGAUUGGGCAUUUACUGCCCUCGAUGGCCGAGGUACCCACGAUUGAUGGCUUUCAGACUUGCAUUCUUUUGCUGUUGUCACAAUUCUACACUGGCAAAUUGAAAUCCGCGGCCAUGACAAAUUCGAUUGCAGCCCAUUUUGUCUUCUACAUGGGCGCCCAUCACGAAUGGCCUACCCAAUCUUCCAAUCAGCAAGAUAUUGAAUUUGAAUCAGAUGGUGUGAGCACACAUCUGCGAAACUUGUUCUGGGUUUGCUACACAGUUGAUAAGGAGCUUUGUCUUCGAAUACGCCAGCCAUCUGCUCUGAAUGACGAUCACUGCGAUCUCGCGGUCUCAUUGCGAUAUCUCGAGACGAUUUCGAGUGAUUUUACAAGUAGCUUGCCACUCGAGAAACUUCAUCCAACGUUCCUAUUCCCAAUUGACAUCAAAUUGAGCCAAAUCAAGUCCCGAGCUUACGAGUCGCUCUACUCAAAAGCUGCAUUCCGCAAAUCCAAUAUGGAGCUUCUCAUGAAUAUUCGGACACUAGAUGCUUCUUUGGAGGCAUGGCGCAUCGCUGUUCCUGAAAAUUGCCGCCCAAAUGUUACAUUCUACGAAAUGAACAUGGACCCGGUGGAUCUCAGAAUACGUGGUUUGCUCCUCCGACUUGAUUAUCUUUACUGCGUGGCGAUCAUUCAUCAGGCUAGUAGCCGAUGCUUACAGUCUAACAUGAUCUUUCAGGGAACGGGGCCUGCAGUUGGAAGUAGCAUUGCUCUGGCUGUCGAAGCUAGUCGAUGUUCUUUGAAGAGUUUGCGGUCUGCAUGUCAUAUACUCACCAAGGGUGCUUGUUGGCUGGUGCUAUUCAACCUGCUCGCUGCGUCAAGCCUCGUAUGUAGCAAUAUCCUCGACAACCCUGCGUCCCCGUCAGCUGUCGAUGAUUAUGAGCUUCUUGCCGAUGUUCCUAGGCUUAUAGGCAUCAUUUCUGCACAUGUAUCUGAUUUUGAGGAGUCCUCUCAUAGGGAUCAGUUGGAAUCCUUUGUUAAGGAGUUGAUUGACGUUGCAGAGAGUGUCGUCUCAAUCAUGAGUACAACAUGA